CGGGACCAGCAGCUUUGAGUGGUGGGAAGAUAGAAGGGGGGAAAGUGGAGGGGGAGGAGAAGGUGGAUGGGGAAGAGAGCGGGAAGAGUGUGACGACCCCAGAAGAGGAAACGCCAGCUAAGGAUAAGUAUUUCAUUUGGAAAUGAGCGUGAGGAAAGGGGUGUGGACGACGCAGUCGCAUAAUGAAGCUGCCCUGGAUAAAGCAUAUAAAGUUCGUUUCUCUCUCCUCCGUUCUUCAGUUUUUGCUCUUUUCCAUCCCCUUGCCAGUCCCUUGUUCCCCAUUGCCACACCAGCCCCUUCAUCCCACACCCAACCAACUCCGCCCAAAUCCAGACCCCAAGCUAAUCCCCCACAGACAGCAGAAACGGUCUACCUCAUCUUCUCCGCCAACAAAUCCGGCGAAUACUACGGCUACGCCGUCAUGGCCUCCCCCAUAAACCAAGAUUUCGCAGCUACAAUCGCCUUUGCGCCUGCUCCCAUCACCAGCACCAACACGGCGUCCGCCAUAACCUUAGAUUUAGUGCCUGUGCCAGCGACAACGACGGCGCCGAGAGGCCGCAUUAUUGAUGACUCAGCGCGCGGGACGAUCUUCUGGGAGGCAGAUCCGGUGACUGGAGCUGCGGAUGAGGAUUCGGGGGGGGCCACCGGUAGCGGGGGUAAUAGCAGUGGAAAAAGCAGUGGGGAUACUUGUGGUAACAGCAGCGAGAAUUUGGGCGUGGGUAGCAAUAGCGAUGAGGACUUCCCCUUUCCCCCACUGGCUGGUGCAGCAGGAGCCGUAUGAGGUAGACCCUUCAGCGUGGAGUGGGAGUCGACGAGGCGCGUCCCGUUUUUUAGGACGAGAGGGUUGAAGAAUGCGUGGAAUGCGGGGAAGGAGGUGAAGAUUGCGAGGGAUGGGACGGAGGUCGAGACGAGGGUUGGAAGGAGGUUAAUCGGGCUGUUUGGGGGACGGUAGGGGGCUUGUGGAUGAGACAGUGUUGGGAGGUGAUGAAUGCAUGGGAGGGGGGUUAAAAGGAGGUGCUGGUGAUGG